GUUUUGCACUGUAUCACUUUGACAGGGCAGGUCAAACCUGUUGCUACUGCGAUUAUAGAAUUAGGCUUGUUCUUACAGCUGAGAUUCAAAAGAUCUGACUCAAAGCACAUAGCAUUACCAGAGAAGGAAGAAAGAAGGAAUUUUUCUGGAAUAAGCAUGUACACUUUGUCCUUCUUUGCACUUUUUCUGAUCAUCAUACUUUUUCUUAAAUGGCGGAGGAUCAGGUUACCAAAUGAGCCACCACUAGAUAAAGGUUUUAUUCCAUGGCUGGGUCAUGCCAUUGCAUUUGGCAAGGAUAGUGCCAAAUUUUUAUUGAAAAUGAAGAAAAAAUAUGGAGAUAUCUUUACGGUCCAAUUAGCAGGACGAUAUGUAACUGUUUUACUUGAUCCUCAUUCAUUCAGUCCAGUUGUGACAGAAUCCGAUACAAAACUGAACUUCACAAAAUAUUCAGCAAUUUUAAUGGACAGAAUCUUUAACCUUCAGUUUCCUGACUAUGAUCACAACAAAGAAAAAGUGUUGCUGAAAAUGCAGUUACAAGGGAAAAGUCUUUCAUCAUUGACACAGGCAUUUCUGUCUAAUCUUAAAACAAUUUUACUGAUUGAUGAAAAUGGAACAAAGAAUGUCUGGAAGAAAGAAGCGUUAUUCAACUUCUGUUUUGAUGUUAUGUUCAGGGCAGGAUAUCUUACGCUGUUUGGAAAUGAGGCUGCUCAAACUGAUGAACAAGAAUCAAAAGUUAAGGAUAGAAUUCAGUCAGCUCAAAUCUACAAGAUGUAUAAGAAACUAGACCAACUCUUGAUAAAAUUAGCUCGCUCCAUGUUAUCUGCUGAUGAAAAGAAUGAGGCUGCCUUGGUAAAGAAAUAUCUAUGGCAGUUGUUGUCAGUGGAGAAUCUAAAGACAAAAGUGAACAGAAGCAGUUGGCUUGAAAGCUACUGCAAUCAUCUACAGGAACUGGGCAUGAAUCAUAAUAUGCAGGAACGAGCAAUGGUACUUCAGCUCUGGGCAACACAGGGUAAUAUUGGGCCUGCAGCAUUUUGGCUCCUAUUGUUCCUGCUGAAACAUCCAGAAGCAAUGUCUGCAGUCCAAGAAGAAGUCAAGAAAAUCUACUGCAAUUGUGUAAUGUCUACUAUUAGUCAGCAAGUUCUUGACAAUACUCCAAUUUUCGAUAGUGUUUUAAAUGAAACUCUGCGGCUGACAGCAGCACCAUUUAUUACUAGAGAAAUUCUCCAGAGUAUGUCGCUGCAGCUUGCAGAUGGCAGAAAAUAUCACCUCCGCAAGGGAGACAGACUUGUUCUCUUUCCUUAUUUAAGUCCCCAGAUGGACCCAGAAAUCUAUGAAGAUUCUGAGAAAUUUAAAUAUGAUCGAUUUUUGAACCCAGAUGGAACAAGAAAAACAGUUUUCUUCAAGGGUGGAAAACAGCUGAAGUACUACAACAUGCCUUGGGGUGCAGGAACCAAUGUUUGUAUUGGACAAUCUUUAGCAACAAAUAGCCUAAAAGUGUUUGUUUCUUUAAUGCUAAAUUGUUUUGAUUUUCAACUUACUGAUCCAAAGGCAGAAGUUCCAGCCUUUAACACAAGCAGAUAUGGAUUUGGACUAAUGCAGCCAGAAAAUGAUAUCAUGUUUCAGUAUAAAGUCAAGAUUGAAUAACCCAAGGAACACAACACAACAGAUAUCACAAUCUACAAUUGUACACAAAGUUUUUAUCAUUUUGGAACUCUCAUUUUUAUUUCCUUGAUGAAAAUUGAUCUCUUCCUGCAAUUGUUUUCCUUUUAAGAAGAAAAGUUGAUGGAUAAUGAUGUUUUUAAAUAAGGUAUUUCUUACUAAAGUGUCAUUAGAAUUCAGGAUGGAAUCUCAGAUGAGAAAUGCACAACAAGAUGAUAUGAAAAUUUGUAAAGAUAAGUGGUUGUGUAGAACUGGAAACAGUUAUAACAAAACACUACUAAACUUUUUUAAAUUAUUCUUGUAUUUUAAUAUUUAAUGAAAAAUAAAAAGUACAAUAUU